AAAGAAUUCACCAAUGAUCAGCUGCCUUUCAAGGGAUACGCGAAAGUUCGAUGAGAACGCGAUCUGACACAUAAGAGAAAGCGACAUAAAGCGACGUGCUCAUAAGACAAAGCGCAAGAUCUAUGACGAUUGAGGAACGCGCAAAGUACUCAGAUUUCUGUGCUUGGACCGUCCACUAAUCCUGGGGUUGAAGUUGGUCAUGGGUCGCGCAUAAGAGCAUUCCGCCAAAAUGAACUAUGCCGAGAAGCAUGGGUAAAAUGUUGCGCACGAGAUCGGUAUGACGGGUUGGUGGUUAUUCUCAUAUUGUAUGCGCUUCGGCGACUUGUCGGAUCCGUGCGAGUGGAGAGUCUCGAAUGGCGCUCAUGUAUAAUCACCGGGAGUGCAAUGCUAACAAGUAGUCCAGCUGACUCUGACAAAAUGGUAGGGUACUCGCGUCGUCCUACGGGAGGUGAUCAAUUUUUACACACAUAAUCGAAGCGCCUCCGCUGACGGGGUACGAUGAGUACUGAUAAUCAUGAUCAAACAAAGCCCUGCGUCAGCAAACCACCCGCAAGAAUCGAGCUUAACGCCGACGAAAGCGCGUUCGACGGCAGGCGAAUUAAGAAGGAACGAACUGACGUUUCUCUCGAGAAUGGUGAUGGUAUUAACGCCGGUAUUAAUGAUACCAACAAGCAACUACAGUCGAGUCACCGACCGGCUGCCGGUAGAUUUUCAAACGGCUUCCACGACGACGACCUACUUCAAGAUAUCAUCGCGGCCAAGUUCACGGCCCUGGCAAAUCAUGGCACAACCACUAAGUACGACAAAAUUCGGCUCAUGAUCGAAGAUAGCAUCAGUGAAGAAUCAAAAGCACGCAUUCAAGAAAUUUUUUCACAAAUUGAACAACUGAAAAUAGAAGAAAAAUUAUUAUUGUACCUGAAACUUCCAUUAUCACUGACUAAUACUGGAGGAACAGUUGAUCCUUUGAGACAACCAUUAAAUCCAUUAGGAAAUCGUUAUGAAAUUCAUCAAACUAUUAUGUGGAUUAAAACACACUUAGAAGAAGAUCCAGAUGUGUCUUUACCAAAACAAGAAGUUUAUGAUGAAUAUAAUAUGUAUUGUAUGCGAAAUUCUAUGAAACCUCUGUCAACUGCUGAUUUUGGUAAAGUCAUGAAACAAGUAUAUCCACGAGUUCGACCACGUAGACUAGGCACACGAGGCAAUUCACGUUAUUGUUAUGCUGGAAUGCGUAAAAGAGUUAAAUUGGAUCCUCCAGCAUUGCCUAAUAUAUCUGGCACUCAAACUGGUGACGAAGUAGAUGAAAAUAUUACUGAAGAAAUGUUGGGAGCUGCAUCUACCUUGAUCAGAGAAUGGGCUGAAAACCUCCUAGGCUUGAAAUUUCCAACUUUGAGUGCCUUAGCACGUCAUCUUGUUGAUAAUUUGUGUGUUGAUACUCGAUCUCUAUCUGCUGUGUGUAUAUUAUGUGCUUCAGGAAAUUCAAAUACAGCGACAAAUAAAGAAUCGAAUACAGAUAUACGUGCAACAUCUGUAAGUGGAAAGUCUGGAAAACUUAGAGAAGCACAGUUACAAUUGCAACGAAAACUACAACAGCGAGAACAUAUAAGGGAUCAAAAGCACCGCCAUCUUGAUGCUGUUAUACAAAACCAGAACAAAGAGAAGACUGUCGAUAAUAAGGCGAUAAAUAAAGGAAAUAAGAAAACUAAAUCUAAUCAGUCAUCUCAAGGUACAAACGUAUCAAGUGGACAGAAUGCAUUAAGUAAAUUGAAUUCACCUGUUAUAGCAACCAAUCGGCAGAGAAAAGUUCUUAAAGCUACUAGUAGUCAGCCAUGUAACAUCUCCCUGGAAUCUAACUGUGAUAAUAUAGUGGUACAAUCGAUUGAAGACGUACAGAAUAAUAGCAAUCCUAGUGUAGUGAUGACCAACUGCGUGAAUACACAGCGAGAUAUCAAACCUAAAAAUUCCAGAAAGCGUGCCAAUCCAAUUGUAUUGAAUCAACCAUCGGAGACAAGCCCUGAAAAACAGACAAAACUUACAGAACAGCAGAUACAAGAGAAUGUGGAGCAUUCCAAUGUGUUGCCUAAGCUUACAUCUAUACAACGUCCUGGGAAAAUUUCGGUGAUACUAGCUAGUAACCUGAAGCCUACCAAGUGCAAAACAAAUGAGGCUGUUAACAAUCAGUCUACUAAAAACUGUGAUAAUGAGUCAUCAACAUGUUCCAAAAGUUGCAUUAAAGUAAAUGGUUGUCCCACCACUUUUGAAUCUAAUAGAAAUGCAACAGAGGAAUCAAGUGCAACAGUUUUGACUAAAGACCAGAUUUUAUUAUUGCAAGAAAAUUCAAAUCUUGCAAGUAAAACUGAGAAACUUGGCUCUAUUGAUUCGGAUGCUUUAGACGAUUAUUUGAACGGAGGUAACAACUCGCAAGAACAAGAGGAAGAGUUAUUACAGUAUUUUCAACAAAGCAAUUCAUCGAGUUCAGAUGUAGAAGCAAACACCAUUUCUAUUGAUGAACAAAUAUCAAGAUCUGACAAAGUUUCUCAACUAAGAUUAAUAUUACAACAGAAUUUGAAAGGAGGGACUGUACAUGCACCUAUUGAUGUAUUACCUGCUGCUAUCAUUAGACAGAAUGUUGAAAAACGUGAAAUCACUCAAAAACACAACUUGAUAUUACCAACUUUAUUAAACCAUCCGAAUCCAAAUAAUACUAGACGUAGAGUCAGUUUUGAAACGAACGUUGUAGAACAUGUCCAAGACUCGAAUGUUAUUACUAAUACGGUUCCACAAAGUCCGAAUACAAGACGUCGAAUAUUUAAUUUUACACCAAUAUCGCCAGGCCCACAUUCACCUAUCAAUGGUCGCGCUUCCAAAUCUAAUUCUGCAAACGCCAGUCCAUUUGUUUCACCACGAAAUACACCUGUGCCACGCUCAAGAAGCAAUUUGCAAGCAAGUAGUUCCAGAGCCCGUGCUCAUAAAUCCUUAUCACGUUCAAUUUCUUGCAGUAUGCCUUAUACUAGUAAAAAUGAUACUUUUGUUGUUCCCACAAGUGGUCCAGAAUUAGUUAGACAAGCGUCAUCUACACCGCAAUUACCGUUAAUUUCUACCAAAUCUUCGGAAGUGCAAGUAGAUAGCAAUACAACGCAAAUUUCAGUUACUCCAAAAAGAGAAGGACAAGGAUCACAAUGUGCUGCAUUUUUAUCUUCUGAUCUAGCGCCGCAAAAACAAUUGGUUAUUAAUUAUCCAAGCCAGGAAAAUUUACAGGAAAUUAAGAACGUUUAUCAAAAAAGUCAACCUGAUCAAGAAAUUAGCGAACUGUUUCAUAACAAUAAACAAUUUACCAGUGAACUUUACAGAUCACAAUCAGUUCCAUUACAUAGAAUGGUCAAUCCUGCAUUAAUGUCACCUAUUUCAACACAACAUUGCUUAUCAUCCUUUCAAAGUCAGAGUUUUAAUCCAUCUACGAGCAGUUCUGUAGCGCCUACACCAGUACCUAGUGAGUUUAAUGAUUUUGGGUCAAUAGGUCAGUCAGAAGUACCUUCAACAUAUUUACUUGAUGAUGUUGAUCCAAACUUUAUAUCAGAUGACCAAAAUUUCUUAAUGGGUGAUAAAGAAAUUACACCUGAAAACAUAACAAAUAUAUUAAACAUUUUAGAUGAAGAAGGAACUCAAAGCUUGCAAAUUUUACCAGAGCAAUCUGCAGAAGAAGGCUUGAUAGAAAAUAAUUCAAUAGUGUUGGAUGCUUUACCAAAUUCAAAUUUAAACUUGUCAGAAGAGGAUAUGUUAGAUCCAUCAAAUGUACUUGAUAUUCCAGUAGGUGGAGCAUUACAGAAAAUAAUACAGUCACGGUCCUAUCCUAAUACACCAUUACCUGUGCCGGUAUCAACAUACACGCCAUCUUAUACAGAAGACAGUAAUGGAUCAAGAUCAUACCCUUCAACACCACUUCAUACAAUUCAAUCGCAAGAAACGUAUCAGGAUACUAACGAACCUAUGCUUUCAAGUCCUACUUUGAAUUCUUUAAACUUGCACAAUGAGACUGUUAAUGAGUCUGCUUCUAGCAGUUUAUGUAGGAAUGUUGUGGAUUUGCUCGAAGCUAAUUUCCUUGGAGAAACUGAUACAGAAACAAAUGAUUUGGACCCACUUGGUAAUUUUGAUGGAUUGCAAGACGUUGAUUCACUGACACCUUUAUUUAACGAAGUGACAGAGCCUAAUCGUUGAAAGCAUAUACAGAAGUAAUUCAUAGAUUUUUUGUGAUUUUGCAUAGUGAUUUACCAAAGGUUGAAAAAGUAAUUCUUAAAUUGUAUGUUCUCAUAACUCCAUUUUAUAAUGAUAGUAAUUUGCAUAAAUAUUCCAUUUUAAUAUACAAAGCGUUAUAAUGGCAGUAUGAAAAGAUUAAUAAAUAAAUCCUAAUUCCUUGUGCUAAUAUCAAAUGAUACAUGUCAUAGUGAUUAGAUAAAAUUGCAUCAGUUUGAACUUUCAUCAGAAUAAAUAAUUCCUUCGUGUUUUAUAUUUAUGAGUACAAUUUGUACAAAUUUCUCAGUUUUUUAUCAUUUAUUGAGACAUUUGAAUCUGUACUGCCUAUAUAAUACAGAGUAAGAAGAAUAUCAUCAGAAUUAAAUAUCUUCAAUUUAUGUUUUUAAUUGCAACACUAUACAAACGUACUAAUAAGAGCAGCUCAUGAUGGAAAAUUCAAAUAUAAAAAUAAUAUCUUUAAAAAAAGUUGACUAUAUUGACUAUUGAAUUAAAUGUAAUUUCAGUGCAGUUGUAAGUGUAUUUAUAAUUCAACUCAAUAUAUAAAAAGCAGAAUAAGUGACUGCCAAUCUUGUACUUAUUUCUUAAAAUAAGUAAGACAAGAAAGAAAUCACUGUGAUGCAAAUAAAAAUCUUUGAAUACUGUAUAUUUCUUGAAUUUGCCACUAGUGAAACUAAAAAGUGUAAAUGUCUUCAGUGCAGUCUUAGGUGUCUUUGGUGGAACAUUGAGUUUACAAGUGUGAAAAAUAUGACGAAGAAGUUGCUCAAACAGAGCGAUCGUCGCUGUGUAGUAUUUGAGAUUCAAAUAAGUGGAAGUUGAUUUUAUAUAAAUACUUUAUAUUCGUCGUUUCGAAACGUUUGUUUCUAAGUCAUUUAAGAACGCGUUAUUGCGACUUUGUUAUUCAAGCGUUUCUAAGAAAUAUUUACGAUCACCUGCUGGACAUUGGUGAGCUUCUUUUUACAUAACAAUCGGUAUUGAACCCAGUAUGUGGUACGCUUUUUCUAACCGGCGAAAUGACGGCAAGAAAGCAAGUAUGUAAAUUUGUAAAUGUUUUAUUUUACCUUAUUUGUGUAAAUUUGUUAAAUUUGUGUUUGAUUGACAGAACAUCACAUUUUUAGAUCAGAAGUAUUCAAACUUCAUAAAAUCGGUAUUAUUGGUUGUUAACUUUUAUAUUAUAUUUUCUCUUCUUGUUUUGUUUUGCCAUAGGCUUUAAGUUUUAUUAUCAAUAUAAAUUUAUUAAACUCAUGGUUAUCAUAAGUUUCUUUUUUUUUAAGCACGACUUCAAAUUGUUAUUUUAAAUACAAUUUUUAAAUAUUAGUUUGGUCUCUUAAAAAUUGAUCGAAAUUCGUAUAAUUUAAAUAAUUGAAGUUUGAGCACUUUUGUUUUAAAUAAGAAAUAAAAAAAGGACGUAAAAUUUCAUAUUUAUGUAUCGUACUGGAUUCUACAUCGAUAAUAGUGCUAAAUAAUUAUUGCUAUGGCGGGUCUUCCUGGUAUGUCGUUUUGUUCAUCAAUGAAAUCCGAAUUACCAUAAAUACACCGCCAAUUUAUAUUUUUCUAUGGCGUUCUUGAUCGAGAAUUUUAUGAAUUGGAUAGUUGUUUAACCGAUUUUUAUUCCUAACGCAUCGUGAUUACUUAGCUUUCGAAACAGAAAAGAUUGGAUCUUUCGUAAAGAAUUCACGCGAAAACAAAUGAUACAGUCGAUCGCGAUUGUACGAAUUUCGUCACUUAAAAUUAUUUUUCACGUCGAAGUCUUCAAAUGAUGAGCUUCAACGUAAAAUAAUUAGAUUUUUAUAAAAAGAAAAAAAAAAGUAUGGAGUAAAUGUUAUUUACUCGCAAAUGAUCACGAACACGACAUUUGUAAGAAUUCUCUAUUAUCAUUCUGUAAAAUGAUUAUAUGGCGUUACGAAUGUUAACACCAUGUAAAUAUAUAGUAUGAUUUUUGUGAAAUCUUGUUCUUUGAGAGUUACUAUUGACGUACAAAUAGCAUGAACCAAAUCUCAUGUUUUUGUUAAAAUCGAUUAACUUGUUAUUAAUCAAAUGAGCGAUUAUUAUGACAAUAAAAAGAAAUUAAAUAAGUUAAAAAGUAAUGACUCGUUUGAAAUUUUGCAUUUUUUUUUUUUUUUUAAUCUAUGAAAUCAGUUUCUGUGUAUUUAUCGUAUAGAAAAUUUUUGUUACAUUACCAUUAAUCAAAGUGUAUUUCGAAUAUGUUUCUUGGUUUAUGCUAUUGCCACAUACAGGCACUACAUUGCUAAUAUCGGUUUUUAAUCGCCAUUUCACAUACUGUAACUAAAUAGUCGUAUGUGGAAGUUCGAAAGAUUUCGAAUUCCACGAAUUUAGAUAAUGUUACACAUGUAAUCAAGAUUUUGAAUUUGUAAUCUGCACGUUUCUAUUAACCUUUUGAAGCAUGAAUUGGUCCAAUAUGAUAAUCCAAGCCGGAUUUAGGAAAAGCACAGCUUUUAAAAUUUCUAUGAAAACAAAUCUUCUCGACAAAAAUCUCUCGGCAUAUCAUAAAUUUUCUAAUGACAAAUUGAAGAUAGAGAAUCGGACAAGAUAUUUUGAAAAUUAUUAAAAGAUUCUUUAUAUGAACAUAUGCCGAUUAAGCGUAUUUUUAUAUCUCGAUUCAAAUUGAAACAGAAUUUCAAAAUGAAUAAUAAAAAUAGAAAAAAAAUAUAGGUAAAAAGAAAAGGAAUUAGUAAUACUUCAAAGGGUUAAUAAAUAUUUCUGAUAAUUGCAUCACACAUUUAUAAGCAACAAGAAAACGUUAGUUUCCCAUGCAGUCUGAAAUACAGCAAGAGUAAGAGCAUUCUUUGUACGAAAUAAGUUACAACGUAGUUUCAAAUAUUCUAAACUGUAAAAAAAAAAAAACUAAUAAGACGGUAAUCUUACUGUAAGGCGAGUUGUGAAUUGUACAAACAAAAAAAAAAAAAGAAAAAAAAAAUCAUUCGACGAACCAAGUAGUGAUUUGAAACUAGCAAUUAAAUGGGCAAAAAGAAAAGAGGACUCGACCUUUUGUAGGUUGUGCAAUGGCAAGAAAAGAAAAAAAAGAAAAGUAAGAGAGAAAGAGAAAAAUUAAUGGAAAACAUAAAUCAAGCAAGUAUAAAAUAAAUGACUUUCAUUAACUUGACCAAACGAUCGAAGAUCUUGGAAAUUUCUAUAAUAAUACUGCUAUUUAUAACUCGUAAGUAAAAAAAAAAAGAAUAUGUACUACGAUAUUACUUGUUGUUGUACGCACAAAGAUUUUAGGUAGGAAUUAUUCGAUAUUAUCGUGUAAUCAGGGUUUGUCUGUGCUGUUUAAUUUACAAUUUGAUCUAGGAACGGAUCAUUUAAAAUACGCGGAACAUUUUUAUGAAACAGUUAGAAUGUGCAAUAAUUAUACUAUCCUUUAUUUGCCAAACAAAAGAAAAAAAAGAAAAGAAAAAAUUAAUACUAUAUAACUAUUGGCUCAAAUUAAUAAUAAGAGAAUGAAUGUGAAGCGUCAAAAUUGAUACUGAUAUCUAAGAAUCUGUAAUCUAACAGCACCGAUUUAUUAAAAAAAAAAAAACAAAAAAAAAAAAAAAAAGGAAAAGAAUUAAAAACGAAACAGCGGAAAUAAAUUAUAUUGAAACAUAUAUACAUUCAUAUUUACACAGACAGUCAAUAGAUAUAGUUAUAUUUAAACGACAAAGUAAUAAUAAUGACGAUCUUGUCUGCUUAGGAAAUCGUAAACAUCAAUUUGAAUACUAAAUUAUUUCAAUGAGAAAUGAAAAUGAGCUGACAGGACAAGAUUGUUUAAAUGGGCAUGGUAUAAUUAAAUUACCAUACAAUCUAACUUUGCACUGUAUUUUUUCCCUCCAUCGAAAGUUUAUUGAUUUGUAAAUUGUUUAAUUAUUUUUCUUUAUUAACAUAGCUUCAUCUGUCUAUAUUCUAUUAUAUUGACAUUUAAUACCAUGACGAAAAUCUUCCUUUAUAAUAAAAAUUUCGUACAAAUAUUUUCUUAGAUUGUUUAAUAAUUACGAGUUUAUUUCUCAAAUAGAAAUAUAAAUUUCGACGGAGAAAAAAUGGAGUACAAGUUGAUAAUUACUCGGAUAUUAACAAUAUUGCAUGGGGUAGGACAGUUUUAUAGGUCAGUAAAAUAUUAUAUGUCGUAAUCGUAGAAUGCAAUAAUUUAUCGGUUAUCACGAUUAGAAAUAUGUAGAAUGAAAUAAUUUUCAUAAAACAAGAUCCACGGAUCAUAAAUUAUUACAAAGAUUUUUAUUUUUAAUUUUUGAAGUGUCAUUCAGCUGCUGAAUUUUUUCUGAUAUCGAAUUUUCUGUUCUUCAACGUUAUCACGAAUUAGCAUAUUAUCCUGCACAAUCAAAUGAAACACACAU